AUGAUGACGGUGGAAAUCCCCCGCGCGCCCUCGCCCCGGGAAGUUCUGGGGUGUUACCCCGGCGUCCCAAAGCUGCGCCCCCCCCCCCCGCGCCCGCCCCGGGCCAGGGAGACGAGGGGACCGCGAGCAGGUCCGGCGCCAAGCUCGCAUCGCGCGCCGCCAGGCGCUGACCGCCCGGGUCGAGCCCAGGGCAUCCCCGCCGAGCACAGACGGGCGGGGGCAGGAGAGGGGGCGGCGCUGACGGGCGUCCCGGUCGCCGGGGUCCGGACGGCUCAGGUCAAGUGCAGGGCCCUCCCCGCGCCGGCGCCCACCGGCCGAGGUCAGGGGAGCGCGAUCCGCCCUGGGACCCCCACCCCCCACCCCGCGCCCCGCUCUGGCUCCGACCCCACCCGGGACCCCGCGCAUCAGGACCCCCCGACUCCGGCCUCUCCGCCUGGGGGAGCCCGGCGAGCUUUGUUAACUCCUCUCAGCCCCGGGGGCCCCGUCAGACUCCCCGGAGGCCGCGCGCCCCUUGCCUCCCACAGCGCGCCCCUCGCGAGCCGGAGCCGCACCUGUGCCCGCCGCCGCCGCCGCCGCCGUCGCCGCUCGCCCGCUCCCUUCGGCAGUGCCGGCGCCGCUCCGAACCCCACACACAUCGCUACACACAGCCCUCUGACGUCACCGAGCCCUCGGCCCGCCCACGUCACUGCGGAGACACUCGGCUUCCCGCAGACGCCGCCGCCGUCUCCGGCCGCCCGGGGGAGAGCGAGGGCGGCGGGGAGGGGGGAAGGGCGGGGCACCGAGCCAGCGGCGGCGCCGCGCGCGCGCGCACGCGCAGGCCCGCCGGCGUCGCCGUGGCCGCCAGCUGGCGGCUCCCGACCCCCCCCCACCGGGGCCGCGCGCGCCGUCUGGCCUAUUGUAGCUCCUCAGGGCGCCCCUGGCAGGGUCCGCGCGCGCGCGCGCCCCUCCCCCCAGGCGCGCGCCCGGCACUCCUGGCCUCGCGCGCCGUCUGGGCGGCUGGCGCGCGGCGCUGUCUGCGGUGCACCCGGCGCAGACAGGAUGUUCCCUCCCCGCCCCACCCCCACCGCCGCCCGCCCUCCUUCCUUCCUCGAGUCGCCCAGCCGGCUGUCUGGGGCCGCCAGCGCCCCGCCCCCGCCCCACCCGCUGCUCUGUGGUGACGGGCCAGACCCGGGGGCGCCCUGCCGCUCGGCCGCCGCGGGACAGGCAGGGAGGGGCGGGGCGGCCGCGCGGUGCACUGUGCGCGACCCCAGCAGCCGGCAGGGCGGAGGCGGGAGCCGCCCGGCACCGCGCCGCCGCCGCCCGAGGUCAGGCGCGGGCGACCCUCCCCCCGCGGGGCCGCAGCUGCGCCGCCCCGCCCCGGAGGUGGCCGGGCGGCGGCCGCCCCGCAGCGCCCCUCGUGCUGGCGCGGCCCCCCGGGCCCGCCCCCGCGGGGCCUCCCGCCCCGGCCGCCCCGCCAGCUGCCCGCGCGCCUCCCUGCCCCGGCGGCCUCCGCCCAGACGCCUUCCCGGGGCUGACCUGUGGCCGCCGCCGGGCCGGGCCGGCCGGGAGGGGUGGCAAAGUUCUGGCACGGCCGAGGGAACACAUUUCUGA